AUGGCAGCUUCCAUGAUGACCAUUAACGUUAGACCACAUAUUAUCUUUGUUUAGUCAGUAUUUAGCUAGCUAGUUAAAGUUAGCUAGGUAACUAACCUAUUUAAAUUAUAUUAGCUACAUUAUACCAUGGCAUUGUUGAAUACUCGUUUCUGAUUGGCUUGAAGAGCAUUCUAGAGCAUGCAUUAUUUCCCUGUUAACGCAUGGUAAAUCAGCAUGGUAGAAUUUAAUGGCUAUAGUUCAUUCUUGCAUUUUCUACGUUUGAGCUGCUUUUUAUAGCAACAGUCGAAUUGAAACAUUAUUGAAUUCGAUUUUCAUAAUAGCAAGCUUAGACUGAUGAUUUGGUUAGCUUAACUAGUAAGUCUGUUUGUUUGGUUACCAAGGCAACUACUAUAGCGAUAUAGUACAUUUGCUAACUACUUCAGUGGAUGUUGAACACAUUUGUACCUGCAAAUGAACACAUUUCUAGCCGCAAAUGUGUUAAAUGUGCACUAUGCAGAAAUUACUGUGCCAUUUCCUUGGUUGCAUUGUACCAUCUAAACCGCUUCGAACCAAAAAUAUUGUUUUUUCAGCUGUUUGAAGCUGGGGUACUAAACCUAAAGUAAACGAUGAGCAUAGAAAUAGCGCACAUAGAACAGAUUUACCGCUUCUUUGAUUUGCUUUCAAUGAGAAUGACAGAUCAUAACAAAUUUUAUGUGAAUUUGGUCGGGUUGCCCAAUAAGUUACAUAUUGCAGCUUUAUCUUAUAGUCAUGGUAUGAAAUGGGUAAUCAACUCGGGGCUCUGGAAAAUAAUGCAACUCUGUGGAAGGUUAGUUCCACGCCGCUGGCGCGUAGCCCCUCGUUGAUUAACCCUUACAUAAUGCUAUUCAUGACAGCAUUGAUAUGAUCAUCUAUUCUAUUGCCUCUGUUACUUGACACACAGGGUAAACGUAACCAUGGAGGAACCUGGGUGCUGAUAUAGAAGUGACUGUCAAAACUUUGGACUCCCAGAGUCCGAAGUUACACUGUAGGCGGACAGGUACGUUCUCAUUUCCAACGGGGCGCUUUUACAGUAGCCUUACAUAUACUGGAUAUAGGCCUAAUCCUCACACCAGUGUCUUUUUCUCAGUUGACAGUGAAAGAGUUCAAGGAGCACAUUGCCACUUCAGUGGGGAUUCCUGUGGACAAACAGAGGCUGAUCUACCAGGGUCGAGUCCUGCAGGAUGAGAGGACCCUGACAGAGUACAGUGAGUAAUGCUGUCUGUGGAGCUGCCUGGAAUCAAUACAAAAUGGCCACAUGCUAACAAACAUGAGAUUAGUCCAGACAGUUUUAUCUGUAGUAGCUGCAGCAAAGCAUCUGUCAACAAAGAACAGAAAUGCAGCAAACAGACAGACAUCUUUGUCUAUAUGUGAUAUAUAGAAUAACCCUCAUAUUCACUUAAUCCAUGACUUACAAGGCCAAUAAUGCACAGAUGUAGGCUUAUUACACAACUGCACACCAUCAGAACUCUUGAGUACCCAUCAUGUAAUUGCUGUAAGCCGUUUGGCUGCUAUGCACAUCACCUGGAUAGGUUAAUGGAGCACCUGUGUCCUCUAACAUGAAUAGAGAUGAUAUUCCUUGUUCUCUAUUUCCUCUGUGUCUCAGACGUCAGUGGAAAAGUCAUCCACCUGGUGGAGCGGGCCCCCCCUCAGCCCUCCCAGCCAGGAUCGGGGUCAGGGGGAGCGGAGGCCGGAGCGCCGCCCUCCUCUACCACCUCCCAGGGAACGUCCCAAGUGCCUCCACACGACCGCAACGCCAACAGCUAUGUCAUGCUGGGAACCUUCAACCUCCCGGUUAACGUCAUGGACCCUCAGCAGAUCCAGGUACAGCUUUUGAGUGUGUAUGUUAUACCUGUUUUUGGAUCAAAUUUGUCUUGGUUCCAUGGUUUAUUAUGAUAUCCUAAGCGCCUGGUGUGGAUCAGUACUGAUAUCGAGCCUAUACUGUCUCCCACACUCUUCUUAGAUGUCAGUCCAGCAAAUGAUGUCAGGCUUGGGAGAGAAUGCAAGGAAUGCCAGAGUCAGCACCAGCACCGGGGUAAGAAAUCGAAUAUAUGAUUUAUAACAUAGUAUACAUCCUCAUUUAUGGAUUUUAUCUAUCAAUUUCUAUAUACAUUUAUAAAAGGCUAUGAAUGAACAUGUUGAGUAGCUGUCAACUAAUACUCUUGCUCUCACAGAGCAAUGGUUCCAUGAAUGUGCACAUUGAUAUGGACCAAUCGGUGCAGAGUGAGCCCAGGCUGAGACUGCUAUUGGCUGAGAACCUGCUGAGGGACACAAAUGCCCUCAUCGAGAGGAUGGAGGUGAGGUGUUAAGUUUAAGAUUAGAACAACUAGGAAUACCCACAGUACAGACCAAUUUUUUAAUGAAUACACUGGCUCAAACGUUAAACAUAAUUAACGUAUUUGGACAAAUGUUAUUUGAAAAUAUUCUAGGCAGUCUCAGGAAGCAGGUCUAUUUGAGUUCGAAGUAAUUCAAUUAAGAUGACUGAGCAAUGUCCUCCCCUUACCUACUACCUUGUCGCUCAAUCUCAGGGUCAACCAAGUGGCACCUCAGCCCAACCGGAUUCUGCUGCUACUGCACCUCCUCCCUCCUCUUCCUCCUCCUCCACUCCCUCUCCCUCCACCCAGCCCAUGGACACGUCUCCACCUCCAUCUACUACCCCUCCAUCAUUCUCUUCCUCCACUCAAACAGAGGGAGCCGCCCAAGCUGGACCAAAGUAAGACAUUAUUGCUAACUAUCGCUGUCCUGCAUGUUUUGUUUUUUUGCUCUAUACUGAAUUCAAAAGUUAUCAAACUUGUUUUGGCCAUUUAAUGUGAAUUAAGAAGAAUAGGGCUUAAUCUGGAACUUGAGACAUGCACGCACAAUUUUCACACUUUCGCACAGAAUCUCCUAUUGACAUCAACACAUGAAACUUGGCUUUAGUCAUCGUGGUUGUUAUUAGAAGACCUGUGAUGCAUGUAAAUAAGGAUACCUCAUCCCUUCUCUCCCCUCAACAGUCACCCCAGCCCAGCAGAACUGGUGGAGAUGCUGUCAGAGCUGAGGAGGGCGGAGGAGAGGCUUCAGCCGUUCAUCCAGAGAACACACUCUAUCCUAGAGUCUGCUGCCACCGUAGAAUACGCAAACACCGUAAGCCAAACUUAGAGCUUUGUGGUUAAGUACAAUUCACUUGCACUGAUCAGAUUUAGAAAGUCAUGAUUGUUUGCUGUAUUGCAGUCGGACUCUUACAAUACUUGUCACUUUUCCCUCAAGACUACCUGAAUAAAAUAUCAAAACAUGUUCUCAGAAAAUGUCUUAAGCCCUCUUGUCACACGCAGGAGAGAGAGGAGGACCAGCGGAUUCUCAACCUGGUGGGGGAGGCCCUCCGUCUCCUGGGCAACGCCCUGGUUGCCCUUAGCGACCUGCGCUGCAACCUGCUGAGCCCCACCCCACGCCACCUACAUGUGAUCCGGCCAAUGUCUCACUACACCUCCCCAGUCACCAUGCCUGGAGCCGUGCAUCACCACAUCCCACUACAUGUUAGUCAGUGUUGUAUCCCAUUGUCAAACUUGUUUUGUUGUGACCUGGCAGACACUUACACCUAUUACAUUAUUUCUAUCUUACAUAUUUAGUUUAUAUUGGUUAAUUUAAACUUCAUUUGAUAUCAUCGUUUGCCAAUGGAACACAGUACGUCAUUUACAUUUGAAAACUAAUCUGCAGAUGAACCUGGGAGCCACUGUCACAAUGGCGUCCAAUGGCAGACCAGCUACAGAGGGACAGGCCCAGCCCAGUCAGGCCGCCAGCCAAUCGGACCAGCCAGGUCAGGGACAGACCUCCCCCUCACAGCCUCCACUGUCCAAUCAGCAGGCUGGACAGGGACAGCCCGGCCCCCGGGUCAUCAGGAUCAGCCACCAGACAAUGCCGGUGGUCAUGAUGCAGAUGAACACGGACGGUGUGUUGUCCCCUACCCGCCACUGAUUGAAUGCUUUACCACAACAUGUCAAUAUUUUUCUCGUCCACAAAUGGCCCCUUGGAAGUGAAUAACUCUACCAUUGCAUUUAUUGCCAAAUGAUAUUUGCUGAGAGAAAGUUUUCUUUCUUUGACCAAUAGUCAAAGUACCGUACAGGUCCCUGUACUGCUCAAAUCGAUAGGUCUCGUUCAAUUUAGGAAGGGUGUUUUUUUUUCUUCUUAAACCAUAGAGUCCAUUUGUUUUUACACACUGUUUACAGUUCAAACAUGUGUGUGUGUGUGUACAGACUCUGGUGUUCCUCAGGCAGCUGGACAGCCAAACACUGCAGGAACGGGUCAGCCAGGUGAGUGUUGGUAACACUUCAUGAUGAUGGUUUAGUUCCUCUGGUUGUAUCUCCGAAUAACUGGGGACUAGAGUAAAGCCCUAUAUACCAGAGAUCCUGAAUCCAAUUUUCAAGGCACGAAGAAAUCUUCUUAUCCUCUCUCCCCAGGCUUCCAGAUGCCCCCCGGUGUUCAGAUGAACCCAGACUUCAUGCAGUCCAUUGUGCAGCAGAUCGCCCAGUACACCGAGGCUGUGGCUGCUGCCACCGGGGGCGCCGUCCCUGGCCAACCCCCCCAGCCUACCCCACCAGGCUCCACCGCUACCUCUUCCACCACCACCACCGGCCCUAACACCCCCACCACCACCCCCACGGCACCCCCUCCACCUUCUCCCGGGGCCCCCCAGGCCAGGGUGGUGUUCACCCGGCCCGCCUUUGCCCCCAGGAUCCCUCCACCCGCCUUUGGCACCCGGGGGGCCACCAUCAACCUGAGGGCUAGCGUGCCCCCCAUGAUGGGUCAGCAACCAGGACAGGUGAGCACGUUUGUGAUAGGGGGUUUGGUGCCCUAUGGGUUUAGUGCAGGACUGGGGUUAAUGGCUUGUAGAUUUCAGUCAAGUUUUGACAAGAAGUUGUCAAGACUUGGAAUUUCAGUAGGAGGUAUUUGUAUUUGCUAGUCAUUGUGGGCAUUUUCCAUCGACAGUACCAAUUGUCUCAAACUGUAGUGCUCUGAAAGUCUUAAUGGCAUAGCCAUGUUUGUAUUUGUCUUAUAUGCUAAUGGACACUGUGUUGACCUAUGACCUCUCCCCCACAGCCCUUCCCUCCUGCUGCCCUCAAUCAGAUGAUUAGUGGACUGGUGGGACAACUCCUGAUGCCUGGACAGAUGGGUAUGCUGUCUUAGAAAGACAAUAUACACCCCACCUUUCUAGCCUCUUCUUUUUGGUGGCUGUGGGGGGGGAAAACAUUGCCUAGUUAACCAUCACACUAAAAGUUAAUCCUCUGUUUUGAAGUGUUAUCAGUGUUUUAAGUGUACUGUAAGCCGACUCUAAUUCCUCUCCUGUCUUCCUUCCCCCCCAGCUGGUCAAACAUCCACAUCCUCUGCCUCUCAUACCUUCUCAUCCUCCUCCAACUCUUCCUACUCUGGCCCUAUCCCCACCCCUGCCGCCACUGUUCCCCCAGGCCAGCCCGGCGCCAUCCCCACCAUGCCCCAGGGAGCUCCCCCUGAACUGGCCCAGCUCCUGGGCUCUCUCCUGGGGACAGCGGGGGCAGUUCCUGGGGCCAUGGGACCCUCCAUCACUGUGACCAUGCCCGGAGUGCCUGCCUUCGUCCAGGGAGUGUCUGACUUCAUGCAGGUCAGUGUCUGGAUCAGAGUUUGUUCCAAGGCUGUUUUGUGGAUUAGGACAUAUAGCCGUAGUGCCUGUUACAACAGAAUGGUUGAAACCAAGAUUACAUCAUCCUCCAGUUAACUGAUGUGUUAGUUGUAAGAAUACCAUAAUGGUUUCUUAACUACAUAUCUUUCAUAUGAUACAUUUUAUUUUCUCCCUGUCCAUCAUCUCGCUCUCUAUCUUAGGCCUCCGGACCAGUCUUCUCACCCCCCCCAAACGGUGCCCACCAGCCCCCUGCCCCUGGCACCCCCACCCCUCCACCCGGGACCACCCCUAACCCUCCCACAGGGGACGGUGCCGGGGCCCAGGGAGAGGCCCUGAAUCCAGAGCUGUUCACUGGGAUUGUACAGGGGGUCCUGUCCACCAUGAUGGGCUCCCUGGGUUCUCCCCAGAGCAACACUGAGAGCAUCGCCCAGUUCAUCCAGAGGCUCUCCGAGACCAGCAACAUCUUCACACCCGGCACAGGGGACGCCAUGGGUAAGAGUUUCUGUCUUGUUUGCUUUCUUCUACCUUGCUCUCUUUCUGUCUAUGAAGUGUAAUCUCUUUCUCCCGCGUUCCUCCUUUUUCUCCCGUGCGCUCUCUUCCUCAAUGUUUUUGUUCCAUGUCCACACAGUUGUGUCUCUCCCUCAGGUUUCUUUGGAGACCUACUGACCCUGGUCUGUCAGAACUUCUCCAUGGUGGACCUGGUCUUGCUGCUCCAUGGUCAGAACCAGCCCCUGGGCCGUAUCCAGACCCAGUUGGCUGAGUUCUUCACCCAGCACUACCUCAACGGGAGGGAGCCCACCGACCACAACAUCGCUGUGAGUGGGCCACCGUCUAUAUAACCGCCUCUAUCUGUGAUGUUACUGUCACCUGUCAUUACUGUCACUGCACAUGGGGCUAGAUGAGCUACUUGAUGAGUCUCAUCUCUCCCUCUUUCUCUUUGGUUCUCUCUUUAUGUUGUUAUUUUCACUGUGAUCUUAGGCUGCUGCUGAUGGUCUCACCAAUGAGCUUGUGGAGUACAUUACCGAGAGCUUUGUAAGUACCGUAGUUCACUUAGGCUGCCCACUUUUUAGUCAGUGGUCUUCAAAUUGCCCAAUAAUAUCAGUUGCUUUUAAAUUCUCCCCGUGGCCAGUUGGUGAAUCAAUCCCUCACAUUUCUCUUUGUCUUGGUCCUUUUAGUCUUCAGUGGCAGUGUUGGAGGGUGUCAACAUCACUCAGACCAACCUGUCCUUCUUCAGACAGCAGUUAACGCGUAUCGCCACGCAUAUUUUAUGCUGCACAGGUAACAUAUUCUGUCUUUUAUUUGUCAUUGUUUAUCUUGAAGUGGCUUUAUUGUGCCAAAUUCCAUUAUUUGACGCAAUUCAUCUGACCUGGCCUAUGAAUGUCAGUUAUUUUGUCACCUAUUGCUGUGUUUUCACCUCUGCAGACAACACGUUUGGGCCGCAGCUGCUGCAGAUGUGCAACCAGGGGCUGUUUGAGUGUCUGGCCCUCAACCUGUACUGUCUGAGAGGAGAGCAGAGUGCCCUCACUUCUGUCAUCAACCACCGCAUAGUCAGUACACACACAUGAUCCUGAUGACAUGAUCUGCAACCUCACAAUCAAUGUCUCUCCUCCUUCUGUCUGUCUGUCUGUCUGUCUGUCUGUAAAAGAUGAUUUACAAUACUCUUUCUAUAAAUUUGAAAAAAUAGCUAAAUGGAUAUGACUAGACUGAAAUCUCGUCAAUAGGUUGUGAACGGCCCAUAGACCGGUGAAUAGGUGUGUUGACCCCCUCUCCCGUUACAGAGGACGUUGUCAGCUGAUAUGAAUCCCAGCCUGGUGAACUGGCUGACCAGUAUGAUGACUAUGAGGCUCCAGGUCAUCCUGGAGCACAUCCCUGUCACAGAGGACCAGAUACUGCAUUAUGCCAUCUACACACAGCAGGUAAUUAACACACACACCAUCUCACCAACAGGUCAGUGUUGUUGUGUUCUAGAAGGCUUAUUUACUGGACUAAAUCUAACGAUGCACAUGGAUACCAUAAUCAUUUGCUAAUCAAGAGUCCGUUAUGAUAGCUGUCAUAGAUUCCAUUACCAGAUUUCCACUCAAGCAAUACAUGUUAAAUGGUUUCUUUCCAAGGGGGAGGCUUCUAAUGCACAGGAGCCUGAACGUGCCCAGAUCAUCGAGGUGACUAUUUCACAUUUAUUUGUGAGAUUCAUUAUAUUGGCCUCAAUAUACCUUGGUGUAUUAACGCUUUAGUUCCUCACCUUAACUCUCUUUUCUCUUUCUCCAUCCCACCUUAGAUGGAGGACACCCACUCCCCAGCCCCGGCCACCACAGCUGAGGAAGCCAUGGCAUCGUCACGGGAGACCAGGGCGGAGCCCAGGGAAACUGGAGCCACCGGAGGGGCUGCGCCAUUGGGUGGCACCAUGGCAGCAGCUGAAGCCAGCGGGAGGGAGGAGCCUGGUGGAGAGACUGAGGCCUGGGCUGCUGCCGUCCCUGCUGUAAGAACACUGUUUAGCUCUCUCUUCCACUCCUGCUGUUUGCUUUGCCAUUCUGUCUUCUACUCUGUCCACAUGCUGUUUUCUCUUUUUUACAUACAGGUUUCUAGUUGAAUUUAUACUGAAUUUCGUUGACUUGUAGUUCGGAUUCUUGGAGAAAGAAAAUAAGCUAUAUGAAAGGAAAUUAUCCCACAAUGGAAGUGUUUAGCCUAAUCAGACCUCUAUCCAAACCCAUUCAAGUCUUAAAAUCAAGUGUGCAGUUGUAUGGCUCUGUAUAGUGAGUUUAUAACUGUCUGUUCUCUGUGUGAUAGGAGUGGGUGCCCAUCAUCAGACAUGACCUGAUCACCCAGAGGAAGAUGAAGGCCCAGCCUCCCAUGUCUGACGCCUAUUUACAUGGGAUGCCUGCCAAACGCAGGAAGGUAAAUAGAGAUUGCCUGUGCGGUCCUGUGAAUGAAACUAACCUUUAUGUACAAAAGAUAAGCCCUGAUCUCACUAGUCUUUAGUUAUAAAAGGCAUCCUGCAAGAUUUGUUGGCAGAAUUAUUCAUGGCUAAAACAUGGAGCCUUGCUACAGUGGGGGGGAAAAAAGUAUUUAGUCAGUCACCAAUUGUGCAAGUUAUCCCACUUAAAAAGAUGAGAGAGGCCUGUAAUUUUCAUCAUAGGUACACGUCAACUAUGACAGACAAAAUGAGAAAAAAAAAUCCAGAAAAUCACAUUGUAGGAUUUUUUAUGAGUUUAUUUGCAAAUUAUGGUGGAAAAUAAGUAUUUGGUCAAUAACAAAAAGUUUCUCAAUACUUUGUUAUAUACCCUUUGUUGGCAAUGAUACAGGUCAAACGUUUUCUGUAAGUCUUCAAGGUUUUCACACACUGCUGCUGGUAUUUUGGCCCAUUCCUCCAUGCAGAUCUCCUCUAGAGCAGUGAUGUUUUGGGGCUGUCGCUGGGCAACACGGACUUUCAACUCCCUCCAAAGAUUUUCUAUGGGGUUGAGAUCUGGAGACUGGCGAGGCCACCCCAGGACCUUGAAAUGCUUCUUACGAAGCCACUCCUUUGUUGCCCGGGCGGUGUGUUUGGGAUCAUUGUCAUGCUGAAAGACCCAGCCACGUUUCAUCUUCAAUGCCCUUGCUGAUGGAAGGAGGUUUUCACUCAAAAUCUCACGAUACAUGGCCCCAUUCAUUCUUUCCUUUACACGGAUCAGUCGUCCUGGUCCCUUUGCAGAAAAACAGCCCCAAAGCAUGAUGUUUCCACCCCCAUGCUUCACAGUAGGUAUGGUGUUCUUUGGAUGCAACUCAGCAUUCUUUGUCCUCCAAACACGACGAGUUGAGUUUCUACCAAAAGGUUAUAUUUUGGUUUCAUCUGACAUUCUCCCAAUCCUCUUCUGGAUCAUCCAAAUGCACUCUAGCAAACUUCAGACGGGCCUGGACAUGUACUGGCUUAAGCAGGGGGACACGUCUGGCACUGCAGUAUUUGAGUCCCUGGCGGCGUAGUGUGUUACUGAUGGUAGGCUUUGUUACUUUGGUCCCAGCUCUCUGCAGGUCAUUCACUAGGUCCCCCCGUGUGGUUCUGGGAUUUUUGCUCACCGUUCUUGUGAUCAUUUUGACCCCACGGGGUGAGAUCUUGCGUGGAGCCCCAGAUCGAGGGAGAUUAUCAGUGGUCUUGUAUGUCUUCCAUUUCCUAAUAAUUGCUCCCACAGUUGAUUUCUUCAAACCAAGCUGCUUACCUAUUGCAGAUUCAGUCUUGCCAGCCUGGUGCAGGUCUACAAUUUUGUUCCUGGUGUCCUUUGACAGCUCUUUGGUCUUGGCCAUAGUGGAUUGGAGGUGACUUCAGGUUGCUGCACAGGGCUUCAACGAUAACCAGAUCACAACAGGGCCGAUAAUACAGGGAAGGUGGAGGACAGGAGGAGCCUAGCGCCAAUGGGUUCAGCUGGAGAGCCGAAGCUCUUGCGUGGGAGGUGACCAGACUAUUUCCAUAAUUGCACAUACACUGCUUAAAACUACAUGUUAGCUCCUUUGCACUCCUCUUCUCAUUUGCCUCUGUCUGUUACUCUGUCCUAUGUGAAUUACGGCCUCUUCAUCUAACGGGAGAACUUGACAAUUGGUGAUAAAUACUUUUUUCCUCUACUUGAUUUAUCAGGGAAUGAAAUAUGAUCAUGUAGUACAUUAUCCCACAAUGGCGCUGUGCUCACUAGGCUAACCUCACUCAAGAUCCGUGGUUGAAUCGGCUCUGUAUGGGGUUAUACGCUGCGGUAUACCCGAUGGCAUGGUGUCUCAGUGUGUCGGAGUGGUGCCCAGGACAGGACUGAAUCCGCCAGGGGAUGUAGCUCAGUUGGUAGAGCAUGGCGUUUGCAACGCCAGGGUCGUGGGUUUGAUAAAAUAAUAUAUGUGCUAACUGUAAGUCGCUCUGGAUAAGAGCGUCUGCUAAAUGACGUAAAUGUAAAUGUAAAAUUGUAGUAUCAGCAUGCUAUGUUCAACAUCUGAGUGCGAGAGCUUAUUCUUGCACUAAAAGUUGGAUUAGAGUAUGACCAGGGUGUGUUUUUAAUUAUUACUUUUUUAGACCGGACAGGGGGACGGUGCUCUUCUCUCCCUCUCCGACACAGUGAGCAGGGCAGCGAGGACGGCCGGAGUCAGGCCGGUCACUUCCCCAGACAGCCUGCAAGAGGAGCUUGACAGCCCUGAGCUCCAGGAGGCCUAUGCAGAGCAGGUACAGUCUUCCACUAACACUGUCACUAACAGAAAAACAACCUGUUUCAUCAUUCCAUGGCUUCUCCUAAUAUUAGAGAUGCCACACAUUGACUUUGACACAUGAUUGUAAAUGGCCAUUAGGGAGCUGCCACUGAUGACUUGAUAUGCAGUGGUGGGAAAAGUACCCAUUUUCUAUUAAAGAUAUCUUAAUAGAAAAUUACUCAAGUAAAAGUGAGUCACUGGGUAAAAUUCUACUUGAGUAAAAGUAUUUGAUUUUAAAUAUACUUAAGUAUCAAAAGUAAAUGUAAAUUCCUUAUUUAGCAAACCAGACAUCACAAUGUGACUUGCCUAGUUAAAUAAAUAAAAUAUGUUAUUUUUUUCAUUUGCGGAUAGCCAGGGACACUCUCCAACACUUACAAACAAAGCAUUUGUGUUUAGUGAGUCCGCCAGAUCAGAGGCAGUAGAGAUGACCAGGGAUGUUCUCUUGAUAAGUGUGUGAAUUGGAGCAUUUCCUGUCCUGCUAAGCAUUCAAAAUGUAACGAGUACUUUUGGGUGUCAGGGAAAACGUAUGGAGUAAAAAGUACAUUAUUUUCUUUAGUAAAGCAAACUACUUCAGUAAAAAUACUUUAAAGUACUACUUAAGUAUUUUACACCACUGGUUAUGUGAUUUUCAAUAUUGAACGACGUAGCUGAUGAGUUAUAACUAAAUAAUAUAUAUUGAACGACCCUUUUUGUAUUUGUCACCUAUGUCCUCUGCAUCAGGUGAAGAAAGACAUAAAGAAGCGAGUGAGAGAGGACCCAGACUUCAGCUCUCAGCAGUUCCCCAACACACACACAGCUUUUUCCUCAGACUCAUAACCUAACCACAACUUGUUUUGCAGCCUAAUCAGAUUUUACACUUAACCAACCUGUAUACAUCCUCACCAUCCUUCCUUUUUACUUUUUUGGAUUGCUCAGUAUCACAACUGAAAGCAGUUUUACCCCUACCAAUUAUUUUAAUACCGUAGACACCUUAGCAUUUCCUUUUGACUAAAUUACUCUGACUGAUUUUUACUUUUCCAGUGCCUAUUUGUUUUCUGCCCUCCCUGUGAUGUAACACUCACCUGAUUUGACAAGUUUGUUGGGUCUUAUUUUAUGGAUGAUUGACUUUUUACCUUACAUUUGCAAUGCUCCACCAUUUUGUUUUGUUACCAUGUUAAUAUUAUCGUGCCUAUACCUGUUUUGUGUUUUUCAUUUAGCUUCCCUGAAAAUAAAAAUGGCUUAUUUCAAGAGUAUGCUUUCAUGGGAUGAAAGUAAAUGCUGUUUGGUACAUGAAUGUAAGUGUGCUGAAUAAAGAACUUGGUACACAA